AUGACUAUUGAAAAUUUAUUAAAAGCCGCUGAAGAAGUUCAACUUACAGAUGAAAAAGAUACAGGUAUGAGACAUUCAUAUGGUCGAACAUUCGAUGAUCGUAAUGCAAGUAGCGUUUUGAUCGAAGAAGACGUAAAUUUUUUAACACCAACUACAUCAGUAACACAAAAAAAUCUAAGAAACACGCUCACUAAGAAAGUUGAUGAUGCAGCACAUUUAAUAAAAGACAAAAAUAUUAUUCUUUUCUUCGGAGAAGCUGGGACAGGUAAAUCAACUAUUAUUCAUUUUCUUGGGGGUUGCCAAAUGAAAUAUGUAAAAGUGAACGGGUUGAAUCAUAUUACUCCUAUUAGUAUAAAAAACCCUCAUCUAAAAACAAUAAAAACUUCACCGUUUGCUCAAUCUGAAACCCUAUAUUUUACUCCUGUUACAGUGAAUAUAAGAGAUGUUGGUGGAGAUACUGAUGGUGCUAUAACUCUAUGUGAUACCCUAGGAUUCGCAAAUACUAUUGGAGCAGAAGUCGAUAUAGCUAAUGCAAUAGGUAUUGCUAGAGCAGUUAAAGAAUGUAAAAGUGUAAAACCAGUUGUAUUAAUUAGUUAUAAGAGUAUUGGUAAUCAAUUUCGCGAUGUAAAAGAGCUGGCUAGUGUAAUUGUUCGACUGAUUCCAGAAAUUAAAGAUAAUAUUAAAGCUUUCUCCUUUAUAUUUACGAAAUUUCCAGAUGAAGAAAAAGGAACAAUUCAUCCAUUAUUAAGAGAUAUCUAUGAUGAAUUGAGGGAAGAAGAAAAAUCAAAUGUUAGUUUCAUGACUUUUUUAAAAGAUAUGUUACAGAAAACAAGAAGAUCAGUACGAGUAUUAGAUCCAAUCAAUAAUCAACCAGGAGAAAUUCUUGAUGAACUCGCAGAAUCUGCUUCUAUUUUUUAUCCAGAUGAAGUUUUUCAAUUUUAUAUCAUAGAAAGAUCAAAAACUAUUGUACAGGAGCAAGUAAGAAAACAUCAAUUAAGUAUUAUGUCAGCAACUAAACGUUCUGAAUAUUCCUUUGUACAAUAUAAACUUGCUCAAUUGAAGCAAUUAAAUAAUUUACUUGGACAAGAUUAUAUUGGACAAAUUUAUGAUGAGUGUGUUCGAUAUAUAAGUAGACAUCUCUCUGAAGAAUAUCAAAGCGGUAUUUCAAUAUUAAAUCGUUGUUUAAACAAUCAAACAGUUUUAAGUAUCGACGAUAUUGAACAAUAUCGAACAUGUAUUAAUCAUGAUAAACUUGCAGAUAAAUUAAGGAAUGAUUAUUUACGAAAGGAAGUUGUUCACAGUAGUGCAUUGAUUGUAUAUCUAGAUCAACAAGUAGACAUUAUAAUCAAAUCUUUACUAGAAAAAGAUAUUGAUGAUUUAUCAGUAAAAAUUAGUUUAGAUAAAAUAAAAGUUCUUACUAUGUAUUUUUCAGAUAUCAAUGUUAAAUAUAAAGAUGCUUGUCAACGUUUUUCCGAAAAAGACAUAACAAAAUUAUAUGAUGCAUGUAUUGUUUUAGAACAACAUUUAAAUCGUGAAUAUAUGACAACAAUAUAUUGUGAAUUAAAAAGAUAUUUUCUUGAAGUAUUCACAGAUUCAGUUUCAAAACUAAAUUAUAUACUUUCUCAAGAAAAAUAUGGAAAUGAGACUAUCGAAAGUUUAAAAGAAUGUAUACGUAUGUUUGAAACAGCUAUUAGUACACUGACUUUGCAAUCCCAUAUUUCAAAAGAGGAUAUUAAUCAAAUUUAUGAAGAUUUUUUAAUAAAAAUUAUGAAUCAUUAUGAAUGGAUUAAUGAAAAAAUCAUGACGGAACUUAGAGGUCAAUGUUCAUUUCGUGAAAUAGAACAAUUAUUCAAAGAGAUUACUUCCAUCAGAACAAUAUCUGUUAUUGAAUCAAGAACUAAUCAAUCUUAUUAUAGUAUAUUAGAACAAAUAUGUGGAUGUAUAAGAGAAUUAAGAAAAGAAAUUGAAGAAGUAUUAAAUGGAUUUUAUCGAAAUGAAAAAAAUAAUUAUAGUGGUCUCAUGAAAUCUCUUUCAACUUUAAAACAUGCAAAAUGGAUAGAAGAAUAUCGACUUGAAGUCUAUGCAGAUGUAAUCAAUAAUAUUAAGGAACAAAUUCUUAAACAUGUAAAAGAUUUGGAAAAAACUGUUUUGCAAACAGUUUCAAAUCUUGAUAAUUAUGAUCAAAUCGAGCGAUUUUUCGCUAUUCAAGCAAGUACACAUUCGGAAUCAUCGAAGUAA